GGUAGUAUCACAUUUGAGUAAAGCGAAUACAGUUCGUUUCUCUUCAAAAUACACCACACGCGGCAUUUUGACUGAAUUGUUUUUUUUUCGUCGUAAAUAUACGCGUAAAAUUUUUACAAAUAUUUUGAUUUAUCCCAGAAUAUUGGGAAGAAGUGUAUGUUGUCCGCUGGAACAACCGUAAAUUUUUAUUUAAAUUAAAACAGGAAUAUCAUUGACAUAUCGUGGGUGAUGAAUUGACACAGUGUCGUUUGUGGUUAACCACUUCAAUUGAGAAAGAAACAAAAAAAUCUUCAUUGGGUGUUGUUGUGAUUGUUCGAGUCAACAUUCAGGAACUGGAUCAAUGAAUCGUUGUUGAAUGCAGUAAAAUUAAUUAAUGAAAAUAUAAGUCAAUAAAGCACAAAUAUUCGCCGAUAAAUUCGUCCAACAGAGCGCUUCAUAUCAAUGACCGAACGCCAAUAAAUGAAUACAAUUUCGCAUUGCACACACAUAGAAUGCUAAAAUAAAAAUUGCUCAGUGGAAGCCUAAACAUUUUUAGCGAAGAGAUGAAUUAAAAAAACGGCAACAGAUAUAACCGACAAUUCAAUUCGAAGAAAAGCUCAUCGUCAUCACGUUGAUUUAAUCGCAACACAAUGUAUAAGUUACUCGGUGGACUGAAGGACUAUUUCAAAUGGCAGGAAGUGCAAACAGAUAAUGCAGUGUUUCGAUUGCAUAACGUCUUCACGACCGUCUUAUUGCUGACGUGCAGUUUGGUCAUCACAGCGACACAAUAUGUGGGCCAGCCGAUUAGUUGCAUUGUCAACGGUAUACCAACGCAUGUUGUUAAUACAUUUUGUUGGAUCUCUAGUACGUUUACGAUGCCGGAUGCAUUCAAUCGACAGGUUGGUUCCGAAGUAGCGCAUCCAGGUAUUGACAACGAUUUUAACGAUGAAAAGGCCAAAAAGUAUUACACAUAUUACCAAUGGGUGUGUUUCGUGCUGUUCUUUCAGGCUGUCGCAUGUUAUACUCCCAAAUUCUUAUGGGAUGCUUUUGAAGGAGGCUUACUGAGAACGAUUGUUAUGGGACUCAAUCUUGGCAUUUGUCGCGAAGAAGAAAAGAAAGCGAAGAAAGCGGUGCUUGUUAGUUAUUUAAGGACCCAUGUAAAGCGACACAAAAUGUAUGCCAUUCGGUAUUGGAUCUGUGAAUCACUGUGUCUGGUCAACAUCAUCAUUCAGAUGUGGAUGAUGAAUAAAUUUUUCGACGGCGAAUUCCUAUCGUACGGCUGGAAAAUCAUGAACUAUUCCGAAACGCCACAAGACCAACGCAUCGAUCCGAUGGUCUACGUAUUCCCGCGCAUCACCAAAUGUAUAUUCCAUAAAUAUGGUGCGUCCGGAUCGAUACAGAAACACGAUUCACUGUGUCUGCUGCCGUUGAACAUAGUCAAUGAAAAGACGUACAUUUUCAUCUGGUUCUGGUACAUCAUUUUGCUGGUGUUGUUGUUCGGUUUGAUCAUUUAUCGUGCAUUGAUUAUAAUGAUGCCGCGCGUUAGAGCACAGAUUUUAAAUGCCAGAAACCGUAUGGUACCACGUGACGUAGCAUUCGCAAUAUCAAAGCAUUUAGACAUUGGAGAUUGGUGGCUGGUUUAUAUGCUUGGACGGAAUUUGGAUCCAAUCAUUUACAAGGACGUACUCACCCAAUUAGUUGAAGAUAUUCCGGAAGAAGACAAGAAAGAUGAGCAUAACUGGCUUUGGUCUGAUGAAUUGCUGGGAGAUGAUGGCGGCUGGAGCGAUUAUUGAUGAUUAUC